GUCCAACCCAAACAACUACAAGCAUCAUCAUAAAUAAGGGUUUUUCGUCAAAACCGCGUAAAUAUUUGGAAAUUGAAAAUCGCGGAGAGAUUUCAUCGAGAACUUCACCGAUUCUUCAGCCCCGUAAUCGCAAACUGUCGAUCGUGAUUCUUCUGGUUUGAUCGUCUUCGUUGAUCGGGCUGAUUUUGUCGGGGACGAGCAAUGGCCAGUUCUGGAGGCAAGAACAUUAACGCCAAAUUGGUGCUUCUUGGAGAUGUCGGUACUGGAAAAUCGAGUCUUGUGCUGCGUUUUGUCAAAGGACAGUUCAUGGAAUUUCAGGAAUCUACCAUUGGUGCUGCAUUUUUCUCGCAAACAGUAGCCAUAGAUGAAACCGCCAUUAAAUUUGAAAUAUGGGACACUGCAGGGCAAGAACGUUACCACAGCUUGGCUCCCAUGUACUAUAGGGGUGCAAUGGCAGCAAUUGUUGUCUACGAUAUAACAAAUCAGAACUCGUUUGAUCGAGCUAAGAAAUGGGUCCAGGAGCUUCGGUUGCAAGGCGACCUUGAUAUGGUUGUGGCACUGGCCGGGAACAAAGCUGAUCUCCCGGAUGCUCGUAAGGUGACAACGGAGGAGGCGAAAGCUUAUGCGCAACAGAACGGUCUUUUCUUCAUGGAAACAUCAGCAAAAACAGCAGUCAACGUUAGUGACAUUUUUCAAGAGAUAGCGAGAAGGUUACUUCAGUUGCGGCCGACUCAAAAUCCAGCAGCGACCGGAGCAGUUCUUGUCGGAAACAGACCACAAGAAAGUGUUGCAAAUUCUCAAUCUUGCUGUUGAGACAUUCCUGUCUGUGUUUCUACCUUUCUUUGUCUGAUUAUUCUUUUUUAAUGGCAAUGCUGAAGAUACCCACCCAUAUGGCAAAACCGACAUCGGUUUUCCAGUGUAAUGAUUUCAUUCCGGUUUGUUUUGGUUCUUCCCAGUGGUAAACCAACAUCAAUAUUCGGUUUACAGCAGAAA